GCCAACCAGGCAGGCGGAGUAAACGCAACGAAGACACAUUCGGCAAGAAAGACAGUGAGUGGGAUGUGUACCGGGUGUUGGGUGGUGAUGAAGGGGACUCCGAAAACGAACGCGAAGAGGAACAGUUGACACACAUCGAAGCCAAGCUUGCUGAGCACGAUCCAACAUAUUCUGGAGAGAAUGCGCCGGUAGAUAUAGAGGAG